GUUGUCAAUGCAGGCCACCGCCCAGAAGGCAGAUCCUCUCGCCGCAUUCCGCGAAUACCGUCAACUCCUUUUUUCCGUUUCACUUCUACAUAUGUAUGGGCAAUGUGAGCAUCGCCGCACCAACCGAUGACGCGAUAACUGCAAUACCGAACACGCACCACGCGGGGGAAGCACUCUGUCCUCCUGUAACAAUGCAUCCUGGCGUGCUUGACGUAGGAUAAUAGAGGCGCAAUGUCUCGAAGCACCAACUUCUCGCCCUCGGCACCGCGCCGAGCCACGCAAUGGACGUCACACUUGCGACAGUUCAGCAAAUCGAGCUUCGACAAGACCUCUGCCGAGUCCUCGAUUGCUCCCGAUCCAGCCGCUCCUACCGGCUCCGCCUCCCGAGAUACCUCGUCGUCGAAGCGUGUGAACGAACGGAUAUGCAGCGUGACCAUUAACGAGUCCGUCAUUUAUGAUGAGGUCCUCCUCAAUCUCGACCUGUUCGGAGGCACCAUCCAACCCGGCACUCUGAUGUCUAUCGUUGCGGUCAAGUCGGACCAAGACCGAGCACCGGUUUCUCAGUACGGGAGUCUGAGGCAGACACCCCAUUACCGGGGAUUCGUCCCUGCUGCGGCUAACGAAGAUCCCUCCAAGCUCGAUAACGAUGCGGGCCAAAGGUACAUCUUCGUCGCCAAGGACGUCUCGAAGGAACUGAAGGGUAGACACCCGAAUAUCGAGGUCUACGUCUCCAAGCAGAUCGGCGCCGCCUUCAAUAUGAGGAAGGGAACUCAGGUUGUCCUCUCCCCGGUUGACCGCUUCUCGCCUGCCAAUGAGGCGUCCCACGUCGAGCUCUCCUUCAAGGACAUGUAUCUGUCCCGCGCUGACAUGUGGAGGCUCGCCGUCACCGACUUAACAGACCGAACUGUGUACAAGGGCCAGGCGGUAUACUUCCUGGGAACCAUCAAGGCUACCGUGAGUACCGUUUUUGUAGAGGGUCGUAAGGUACAGUCCGCAUUCUUUGGCCGCAACACGCGUCCUAUCUUUCGAAGCGAAUCUGCCAGAUACGUUCUCUUCAUACAGAUGGCGCGCGAGAUGUGGGACUUCGACUCCGAUGCCUCGGGUGAGAUUAUGUUCUACAAGGUCGUCAACGGAUUCCUGCCCGCUUUAUUCAAGAAAUGGGCACUGCUACAAGUCAAGCACUUGGUCAGCAUUGUGCUCUUCGCUAGGGUUGAAUAUGACACAGGCCUGAAUAUAGAGUUGGCCGGUUCGGAUCUCCAUAGCCAUUAUUAUACUGGCUUCCAGACCUCUGGGGACAGACGCCCGUUCAAGGACUUUUACCGAGUUGUUGUCAGUGAAAUGUCUAGCGGGGAGUGGACCAAGAUCCUGCACCAACUCAAGAAGGAGUUCAACGAUUUCCGUCGUGAUAUUAGCCUUCACCACCGAGACGCGAUGAGCAGUGCUACGGACGGUCCGGAGGACGUAUCCGCUAGAGGCACAUCGGCCGCCAAGAUCAAAGCGCAGUCUUCGCUGGCCAUGUAUGGAAAUUUUCUCGAGGCCAUCAAUAUGGCGUCGUCUUUGUAUGCGCACGACUAUAUAGAUCGGGACCUGCUGCGCACCGGUAUAUCCAUAGUAGUCAUCAGCCCUGGGCCAGGCGUCUUUGAAGUGGAGUAUGAAUCCUUGCGGCGGACAACUGAGGCUCUGGUCGGCAACGGGAUCGGCAUUGAUCUGAUAUGUAUCCCGAACAUACCUCUUCAUUCCGUUCCUCUAUUCCGGUACCGAAAUCCCCACUUUCUCGAGGCUAACCAGAGGUCUCACUCUCGGGGGGUGAGGAGCCGCGAGAGUACCCCCAAACAGCCAACGCCUCUGGCUUCCAGCCUUACCACGCUGGGCGAAUCUGUGUCCCCCACGAAGGCGGGUGAUCCGUCUAGUCGGGUUGAUUUGGCAAGCUCUACGACGUACGCAGACGAAUGGGUCUUCGCCGUGCCACAGUGGUUGCAUAUAUCUUACUGGACUGGAAAGUCUGAAGAGGCGUUGUCUUAUCAGGGCAUCACUCUGUCGACCUUGAACCAUUCUCCAAGUGAGACUCUGGAUGAUUUCACCAUUCGAUGUAGACUCUACGACCUCCAGAUGAGAAGCGUGCUCGAGACUAACGAAAUCGAGACAACUCCACUGCAUGCCGAUCCCGCUUAUUCAAGUACCGUCGGCGCCGUUGAGAACGGGAAGAGAUUGCUUGGUAGUGGUGCUCGUCCGUUGGCCCCUAACAAUAGCCGCAAGGCCACGGAAACCUUGUUUGAGCCAGUAUAUGGCUUUCUCAGAUUUAAUCCCGAGAAAUUGGCCAAGACGGGAGAAACGCUGCUAUGGAAACAGCUGCAGAGCUACGAUGAGACAAGAGCUCGGCUUCCGGCGCGUCGACCUUCAACGCUGGCCGACACCUUUCGAGAACUAGACGAGAGCGCCGGUAAACAACUGGUAGAAGACGCGAACCUCUUCGGCACCUCAGUCGGGGACACCCGAGGAGCGGGUUCGUCGGUGUUAUCCUCGAGUGUUACGUCGACCAGGGUUAGGAUAGAUGGGUCCGCAUCGACUGCCGUUUCUCGACGCAAUUCUACGGUCAAUUCCCAAGCUAAGCUGACAGCGAAGCAACCCAAGAUUAUGAGGCAGAUUAGUCUCGGCCAGCGCGGCUUCGGUAUCGCGGCUCCCACGUUAGCAACAGCUGAGCUGAGAACAGAGACUGUUUCUGGCGUGGGGACAAGCAGCGCACUCCAAGUCGCUUCCACCCCGAGGCUCGUCCCCGGGACGCCCACUAGGCCCGCCACGGCUCGGCCAGGCUCCUCGAAGGCGACGGCCACUACUGAUAUCCUACAGGCUUUGGACCAAUCUGAUUCCUUGGCCGAACUCACGCAAGCAACACCUAGUCGCCCGAUCCAGAUUAGAAUUCCUACUCAGCCUCUCGAUCCGAUCAGCACGUUGAGAUCUGGCCAAAUGCCAGCAACACCCGUCGCCAGGAGUGUGCGGCUCGACGACCGAGACCUGAGGUACUCAAAUGCGCUCAGGCAAGAAGAUCAGAAGAGGCUCUAUAAUUCGAAACUACGGGCCGGAGCGGUGCCCGAACUGCCCUCAACGCUGUCUCCCACCACUGCCAUGGCGCCGUGGCUGGUGGUUCUUAAUCCGUCAAAUCCGGACGUGAACAGGGUCGACGACUCGAUCCUGUUCAGUCGAUGGCAGCACGUCUUUCCGCGGCCAUCCGAGAUGAGGGUUAUGAAGUGGAAAUCCUUGUCGUGCCCUGCAGCUGUUCCGCUAACUACGGAAUAUUUUCCCACUCGGGUACAGUUCAACACCGAGUACCAGCGGCAGCCGUACAAUGUCUCACAAGAGAUAGACGAGGAUCUCGUCGAGCAACCCAAAUCGCGCGUAGAAUUUCUGAGAGAGCUAGUUAGUGCUCGGCUAUCUCACGGGUUUCAGAUCGUGAUCGGCCCGUCGGUGGCUAAAGCGUUUGACCAAAAGGCCGUACGGAUAGCGGACGUCUUCUCCAUAGACAAGACAGUCGGCGAUGGGACAAGCAUCUUUAUGAGCGUCGGAAAUACCAUACAUCAAUUGUCGUGUGUUAAUGGCACCGAAGUCGAAGUAAACAUUUACGUACGAAAGCCGACCGAGCCGUCGACACCGAUGAACCACACGUCUCUAUAUAGACCGGCCAUCCGGACCCUGCUGGAUAAGACAUACGAUACCGUCGAUAUCGACAUAAUGACCCCCAAGCCGGAGCGCAACUGGAACUAUAUAGACUACUAUCUCGCCGGCCACAAUGACGAGAUGAUCGAAAACCUGAGGUACUGGCGCGCUCGAUUCGUACUUAUACCCAUGUAUCCUAGGACGCCGUCUGCUCCCGUCGCACAAAACGAGGAUGACGAAGAAGAGGUACGCCUCGAGGGAAUCAAGAGACUUGCCCAGUUUUGGCAGCGACAUCGAUUUCUUUCGCCCUCUGAGCGGCAAUUCCAAAGUUCUGGGGCUAGGAAACGGGAUCCGAACCCUCUCGACAUCACGUACAAGACCGAAGACCCGUCUGUAGUAAUUUCUGCGGAAACGGAGCCGGCUCUCUCUCUCUUCGAUCACGCCGAGCAGACGCAUCGCAAGGUCCUGGUGUCGAAUAAGGAACGAUUCUCCAAGACCAACUUCAAUGUUGCCACUCUCGCCGAAGCGAUACAGCUGCCCGUUGACCUAGGAGGGAUUCGGAUGCAGACACGACGCUGGCAUUUCCGAAUCCACUACCACUGCUUCAUCGGGUCUGACAUGACGACCUGGUUGCUGGACAACUUCGAGGAUCUCGAAAGCCGGGAGGAAGCAGUGGAGCUAGGCAAUUCCCUAAUGGUUUUCGACGAUGAAAAGUCGAAGGAUAAGGACGGUAGCGGCAGGGACGCCAAAAAGGACCGCGACCGCGGCAUCUUCGUCCACGUCGAGAAGCGACACCCGUUCCGCGAUGGUCAAUUCUUCUAUCAGAUCGUCAGCGAUUAUGCGAAGCCUCAUUCGCUCAGUUGGUUCAAUCCGAGGAGAAGAGACGUCUCGGUCCCUUCUACGCCGUUAUCAGAGAACCCCCCGAAAGACUCGCCGCGACCUAACCCGGCUGGGAUGCAGCGGCCGAUGUCGAUCCACGAAGAAGGCUCACCCGUUUCGGGCAGCACGACGCCGACCCUGGCAACGGCUGGCGGGGCGCGUCUAAAGGUGCUCCUGAGCAAGAUGAUGAAGUACGACGUAGACCAUCGCAAGAAAUCGUAUCGCCCCGAGCGGAUCAAUCUGCAUUACGAUCGGCUCCAUAACCCCGAUAACUGCUACCACAUCCGAAUCGAUUGGAUGAACGUGACGGCGAAACUGAUCGAAGAUGCCCUCAAAUCCUGGGCGGCGAUAGCCGCGCAACAUGGCCUCCGCCUCGUCGAGGUGCCCAUCGCGGAGAUCAGCCGCAUCACCAGCGUCAACCCCUUCCGCCGGCCGUACCAUAUCAAACUAGCACUCCAGCCCCCUGCCCAACGUCCUACAACCUAUUACGACCCUGGUUCGUUCGUUCCGCAGACUCAUCCUGGAAAACACUACUACCAGAAGGCUCUGCUGAGGAAGUUUGACUACGUGCUCGACGUCGAAGCCGCGUCUAACUUUCCGGGCAACGUGGAUGUCGGUUACUCGUGGGGCAAGCCGGACUUCCGGUACUCUCAAUACAUACAUCGCUCAGGCAUGAUUCUGGCAGAGAUCACGGAUGAAGGCGAUUUCCUACUCCUAGCCAACAGGCUCUACAGCAAUAGGACUGCCGCGUUCCAACCUGCCCAGCCGCGCGUCGACACGACGGCGCCUGCCGAACGUCCGUCGCGACUCAUGACUUCUGGCGUCGGGUAUACCAACUAUAAUCUAGUCGAACCUACUCCCAUCUCGUCGCCCAUGUUCAGACCCGUCCUCUUUCCGUCGCCAGCCUCCCGGAUCCCGCCCGAACCGUCACCUAGCAGCGGGGCCAGCGGGCCGCGAAGCUCUCCGGUACCCGGCUAUGGUCUGAGCGAGCCCGAAGCACUCAAAGACGCGCUCCUCGAUUUCUGCAGCAACGCGAAGCUCCUCGAGGCGUUUUACAAGGAGACGCUGGAGAAGGGCGUGACGGGAACGCCCAUGGUAGGGGCGGCGCCGUUCGGACCCGAUGCCGUGCCGGACGCCAAUAUCCCAACCCUAGUCCUCGGAGGCAACAGCGCCGGCGGCGAGCAGAGCACCAAUCCUAGCUCUCGCGUGCCGACGCCGAGUCUAGCGGGCUCCCUCUUUCGGCGAGGCAGCAUUCAAUAUUAGGCAGUUGCGGCGCGAUGCUACGAUGUGACCCCAGCCUCGUGUGAUUUGGAUUGGCGAUAAACCCUGUGACGAGAACACGACGCCCUGUUUAGGGAGGCAUACGUGCAUGCACGCAUAGGGUUAAAUCUAUUGCAGGCAUGGUACCAUGACGG